ACCAUUGAGAAUCUGCGAAUAGCGUCGCCCUUCCAAAUUCUCGGAUUUCGUGAAAGAUUUUCUUUUGAUUUUACGAGUGUGAUGAGCUACCCGCCACACUACAUUCAAUGCCUUCUCAGAAAAGCUUGUCCUUGGAUGGCUCUUUUGAUGCGCAAAACGGUGACGAGGAGGGAAAAUGCCUUUGGUCAGCAAUUUUGAAAGAGGUCACACAUAAAGCUUCGUUCAAGUUGUCUUCUACUAGAGCUCUCCUCGUCUUAGGUGAUGACGAAUCAGGGAAGACCACACUUAUUGCCAAGCUUCAAGGCACUGAAGAUCCUAAAGAGACUUUUGGACUGGAAUAUUCCUUCAUUGAGAUAAAAGAUGAGGAUCGUGAUGAUCAGACGAAGCUUAACGUGUGGAUUUUGAACGGACAAGUUGCGCAUGAUCGCUUGCUCAAAUUCGCCCUGAAUGCGGAUAACUUUGGGGACUCUGUUGUGAUGAUCGUAGUUAGUAUGGCGGAGCCAUGGAAACUCAUGGAGUGCUUAGAUAAGUGGGUUACGAUCUUGGAGAGUCACAUCGAGACGCUUUCGAUUCCCAUGGAGACACUAGCGGAGUACCGAAAUGGUUUGGUUCGUGGAUUUCGCGAAUAUGUGGAACCAGAUGCUUUACUUCCUGCCACUCCGGCUCCUAUCCAGCAUACCCCGUUGGCUACUGCCCCUAUACAUUCCCGCCGCUUAACAACUCAAGGAUUGCAUCCGGCUACCGCGGCUCUCCUAUCUUCAACACUAGCCGACCAACAGCCCAAUAAAUUACCGGCAGUGAUCGAGAACGGCGGCUCCACAUCUGGGGAUCAGCCUGUUGUUCCUGAGCUUCCCUUGGACCAGACGACUCUGUCCCACAAUCUCGGUAUACCGAUGGUCGUUGUGGUUACAAAAACUGAUGUCAUGGACACGCUGGAGAAAGAAGAUCGUUACACUGACGAGCAUUUCGAUUUCAUUCAAAUGCACAUCCGACGUUUCUGUCUCAAGUAUGGUGCUGCGCUGUUCUACGUGUCCGUUAAGGAGAACAAACAUUGCGAUCUGCUCAGCCGAUACCUUCAGAGCCGUAUUUAUGGCUUUCCGUUCACCCAAGCUCCAUACGUGGUCGAGAGAGACUGUGUGUUUGUGCCAGCAGGUUGGGACAGCGAAAAGAAAAUCGCCAUCCUGGAGGAGAAUUUUACCAGAAUCCGCAGCACUGACCCAUAUAACACUGUUGUCCCGCAUCCUCCACCUCGCAAAGCAGCUGUUCGCGAUCCGGAGGUGGUUGCACAAGACGAGCAGUCAUUUCUCACCCGGUUGAUCACUAUGAUACAACGAGAACCCGCUGUGGGUGUCAACACUGGUAUUACUGCGUCCUCCGACCCCAUACUGGGCCAUUUGGGGAGUCAAGGUGGAGCUGGUAACCCUUCCAUAGGACAGCCUACGGGAAACGCUUCUCCGCGGGCCCAGCCUCGUUCCAAGCCUACGCCUCCAUCCGCUGGCUCUAACACCGGCGACCCUGCUAUUGGCACUGGACCCAAUCCUCGAGCAUCCGAAGGUGUUUUGGCCAACUUCUUUACAAGUUUGCUCAAUAAGCGGUCCAAUUUUGCUGGCGCAGGAUCGGCUGCGGCCGUUCCGGGCACAGAUAAACUUAACAUGUCCUCUAAGGACAUGCAGUCUGAAUUGGAAAGGUUCGCUAACUCCUCCCGAGAGGCCUUGGGAACCAACAAACCACGUAUUCCGAGUCAGCCUGCUGCGGAUGGGGCUCUGCCGAAUGACCCCAAUGGCUUGGAAGCUCCUGCACCAACUGCACCCACAAAUGGAUGAUCCAACGCUGCCGCGCAUGCGCUAUGUUCUAAGACUCAUCAGUAACAAUGCCCAACGAAUGUUUUCCUCUACUUCACACUCACGCUCACACUUCGGAACCCUUUGCAUGGUUGUUAUCUUUCCCUUUUAUUCACUUGACUUCAUUAUGUUUCCAGACAACUGCAGCCAUGUAUCGUUCUUUUCGUUGCCACUAUUGUCGGGCACAACUUUUUUCCUUUUACUUAGAGAUUGGCUACCACCACAACAUUUUCCUUCAUGGGGUAUGUCGGUAGGAUCGCGUCCUCCUUAACAUGAGUCAGUUAGACACUGCGUUCGUCAUGUUGUAAAGCGACUGCUUUUUCCAUGAUUUUCUGCACUUUCGUCCAUUAGUGUAAUCGCCUUGUAUAACCUUUAUGCAACAACAUCAAUAAAUAACUAACUGAUAUAUUCC